AAUUGGGUUUUUUAGUUACUCUCCACUAUUUCUUGACUCAAAGAUGUUUUAUGUACAUUUUCCUGGAUGCUAAUGUCAGGUGGACUGCAUGCUGACAGCUGUCAGAAGACAAAUGAAGAUCAAUUAACAGUUCCUGACAGUUUUUCUGACAUGCAAUAUAUGGAAUUCAGAAUUAAAUCUAUUGAAAAAGCACUAAUGGAAAUGGAGAAGUUUGCAAUGCUGGAAAGAAGAAAUGCUAAUUCCAGAUUAGAGGCUGCUAUGAGACAGAUUGAAGAGUUAAGGUCUGGGAACCACUCUGGUCGAGAAAGUACUCGAGCAAAGAAGCAUAUGAGUGCAAAGCGAGGGGAUGGUCAUUUUCUCAGUAAUGAUCUCAAGAUGCAGAAACCAACACCUGAAAUCUCUGAAGAGAGCAAUGGUGUGAUGACAAAAGACAUUAUGCUUGAUCAGGUAUCUGAUUGUUCAUCAAAUGGGUUAAGCAAGAGACACAAUUGGGAGAUUGAUGAUCAAAUGCUUGAGUUGUGGGAAACUGCCAAUUGCAAUGGCAGCAUAGACCUGAAAGUUGGAAAGGCUCAGAAGGGAGUUACCAUGCCAACCGAUCACCGUAACAUUGAACUGGUUAAGCAACGUAAGGGAAAAAAUCUCCCCACUGAAUCUCGGGUAAAGGAGCUGGGUGUGGACAAAUUAGAGAUCCCAAAGAGAUAUGCAGAGCCAGACCAGGAAGGAAGCAGGAGGAAGAUUCUAGAAAGGCUAGAUUCUGAUGCACAAAAGUUGACAAACCUUCAAAUCACCGUGCAGGACUUGAAGAGGACGGUGGCUAUUACUGAGAAGGCCAAAAAGGGGAAGGGACUUGAACUUGAUACUGUUAAAGGGCAGCUGGAAGAAGCUGAGGAAGACAUCAUGAAGCUGGUUGUUGUUAAGGUGAAAAAUGCUGUGAAGAAGAUGAUGGAUAAAAUCACGGGCAGAAACUGAUGAUUUUAUGAGUUCUGUAUUUUCCUUUUUGCCAGGAUUGAGAGGUUUACAAAUAAACAGGUUUAUAUUUU